GGAGAGAAAUAUCAGCAACAGACACAGCAGGAACGCAAUGGCGCUGCUGAGCCCGCGUGUGCCGCGGCUGCCGCUCGCCUCCCACUCCGCCGGCGCCGGCGCGCUCCGGUGCUGCGGCCGGGGCGCCGCCUCCGCCGCGCGGUGCCACGCGACGGCGGCGGGCAGCGUGGCGGCGGGCUCCCCGUCGUCGUCGGGGCUGGAGGCCAUCCGGUGGGGGAGCGCCAAGCUGCAGGGCGCCCGCGAGGAGAUGGAGGACGAGGUCAUCCUCCGCCCCGAGUCCCUCCUCCACGGAUUCUCCUUCGCCGCUGUCCUCGAUGGCCACGCCGGCUUCUCCACGGUCCAGUUCCUCAGGGACGAGCUGUACAAAGAAUGCGCGGCCGCGUUGGACGGUGGUGCGGUGCUUAACACCAAGAAUCUUGAGGCGAUCACGGCGUCGAUCAGGCGUGCCUUUGCCACUGUCGACGCUAACCUCUCCACCUGGCUUGAGCAAAUGGACAAGGAAGACGACUCUGGCGCCACGGCCACAGCCUUGUUUCUGAGGAAUGAUGUCCUUGUUGUCUCGCACAUUGGCGACUCUUGCUUGCAGGUUGUAUCGCGUGGCGGAAGACCUCAAUCUCUGACCAACUUUCAUCGACCGUAUGGAAACAACAAAACAUCACUUGAAGAGAUCAAGCGAAUUAGAGCAGCAGGUGGAUGGAUUCUUGAUGGACGCAUAUGUGGAGACAUUUCUGUAUCUCGUGCUUUUGGAGACAUAAGAUUUAAGACAAGGAAAAAUGAGAUGCUGGUAAAAGGAGUCAAAGAAGGAAGAUGGACUGAAAAAUUCAUCUCACGAAUAAAUUUCAAAGGUGAUCUAAUAAUCUCUUCACCUGAUGUAUCUCUGGUGGAGCUUGGACCGGAUGUGGAAUUUGUUUUGGUAGCAACAGAUGGUCUUUGGGAUUACAUUAAAAGCACCGAGGCUGUAGCUUUUGUCAGAGAUCAACUACGUCAACAUGGAGAUGUCCAGCGGGCCUGUGAGGCGCUUGGGGAGAAAGCGCUGGAUCAACGGUCACAAGACAACAUUAGCAUAGUCAUAGCUGACUUGGGAAGGACAAAUUGGAAGGAGAUGACCGUUCCAAGGCCAAACGUGUUCUUGGAGCUAAGUCAAGCAGUUGCGACUGUAGGCGCUGUCUCAGUAGGAAUCUGGAUUUCGUCACUUCUUACCCUGCAAUAGGCCUAGUUCAGUUCCUUAAAAAAAAAAAUAGGCCUAGUUCAGGUGUGUAUAGUGCGCACAGCAUUACAUCUUCUGCUCCGACUGCAAAUAUAUAUAUAUUCUUAAUUCCUCAUAGGGUUAAACGAUAGGGCAAUUCAACUGGUCAAUAGUAUCUGGACUGAAAAAACGUAUGCUUCAGCAACUGCUAUGUCACAGCUGCGUGCAAUAGGUACGUUUGAAGGAUCCAUAUGAACUUCUUAUUUUCUUUCCUGUUUAUUUGGAGAUAAAAGGCUUCAAAUUUGAUAUA